AUCUAAAGUCCACCUUGAAAUGAUUCUGAAAAAACAACAUACCAAACACUGAAACAUUUUAGUGUGACCAAAACGUACAAACAGAUGAAAUAUCUAAGGGCAAAUAAUUUUUUCACAGCACUGUUGUUGCUCUCUCCUAUUGGGUGUAAUAAAGUAAGCAUGUUAAGAUUUUGCAGAAAGAACUGCGAGACAACCCUUGCAGCACCCACCCAGUCAAUGUUUGACAGGUCCAAAGGCCAAAGACCGGCGCCUUUGUAUUAGUCAAAGUCAAACUGUACAGUUUAUCAUUUGUUCAUUCGUAAACAAUUACGAAACAGACACGCACAAGAAAUCUGAAGCUGCACCAACUUAAUCUGGUUUUCCACAUGAAGAAAUCAGCUGUAUUUUAGAGUGACAUGUCCAUUUAAUUACAGACGUGGCGUGAGAGAAUUAAAGGAUUAGCGACAAGAGAACUCAGCAGGCUUUCAGCACAGGACAGAAGUCGGGACUCUUCACCAUGAGAGUUGUGAAACUAAAGAAAGUGAGCAGCAGGAGAUUUCAUCAUCCACCAACAGCCAUCCUGCAAGAUUCAAAAAUUUCACAAAAAUCCAUGUAAACGUGACUGGACUCUUUUCUGUUGUUGUAGUGAACCAGGAAGUGCUUAUGGCUUCUUUUGUAAUGUUUCAUUUAUCUUUGUAGUCCCAGAUUAGCUCCAGUGAUGACAUGGAGCUUUUUUCAACUUUGUUUUAGUUCAAAGUUGAAAAACCAGUUGGAUUUACUGAGUGAUUGGGCUACUUCAUAUUAGCUAUAUAAGCUAAUAAAGAUUUCUCUACGGUUUAGUUUCAAACUGUAGAGUUUAGUGUUUGUGUAGUUUUUAAUAUGUUUUGGGUUUUUCUUAAGAAAUGUAGCCAUAUUUUGAUAUUUUGAAGACGGAGUUUGUAGGAAACCUCAGAUUUUGACUUAUUGAAAUUUCUGUUGAUUUUUCUUGGAAAUUUAAACUUUUAAUCACCUGACCUGCUCUGAACUGAAAACUGAAGGUAAAGUGGAAAUUUAGAGGUAUAUCUGUGAAUUAAAAUUUAAUUCAGUGUUUCAUUUUAUGUGGAGCGAUAUGUUGCCAUACAAUAUAAUGAAAAGUUAGGUGGAAGAAAAAAAUGUGCUAGCAGAAAAAGUGCACAACCAAAAUUAAUGAGUAGAGUUCAAUAAAUUGGGGGAGAUUUAUAAGAGAUGUGGAGGGACUGUGAGAAAGAUCUUUUUUUCUCAGUGCUGCAAAGUCCUCUUUUAAGACAAAAGUAGAUGUGUUUUUUUCAUUUGAAAGUCAAGGUCCAAGAAUGUGGGAGGAAAAUGGAAAUGCACACAUUUCAAAUUGUUUGAAGCCUAGAAUAAAGUUUUCACACUCAGUGAUGAUUUUUGGAGCCAUGACAUCUAUUCUUGUUGAUCCUCCACUUGGAAAACCUAGAGCUCUUCAUUUUUCACUCUUCUCAUAAACCAACACUGGCAAAGUCACCAAUACCUGAGGUUAUAACCAUAUCAUGUCCAAUAUUCCUGCCUGGCUCGUAAACUGAUUCAUCACUGGAGUCUUGAAAAGAGAACAAUGAGGAAACCCCAGAACCAAUAAUGCAGAGGAGCUGAAGAUCAGUAGUGGAGCAAUAUGGGUUUCCUUUACAUUACAUCUGAGCAGCAAACUGACCAUCUCCAGGCAACUCGGCAUUAACGCAGGAACUUGUGUGAAAUGAGUCCACACCAAAGACUUUCCGUUUAUAAUCCAUGGAAAACCUUUUCAUUAAAACAUUAAGGAAGUUCCAAUAGUUUGUUUUGCUUUUGUACAAUAUUCAGAUGUUCUGAGACCCUGAAUUUGUCUUUUCAUAAAACAUAGAACUUAACAGAAAUAUGCACUCAAACUAUCUGUAACGAUGUAAAAUGUGUAAUAGAGUCAAGAAGAUAAAAUUCAGAAACAAACCUUUUCAAUGAAACUCAAAUUGUAUACUUGUGAUUAAAGCAUGGGAAUUACAAUGGAAGCAUUAAAUGCAAAUGUCACUUAAAUAAUCGCAUUUGGCCGUCCAUUAAAGAUUAACCUAAUCACCUUCAAACAAGCCCGUUUCCUAUUAGCCCCGCCCACUCAUGAUAUUAGCCAAUAGAAGCGUGCAGCGAACCUUCGCCCUAUCCCUCCUCAUUGGUGUUCGCUGUGCUCGUGGAGGAAGUUUCUGCUGGCGACCAGUGGAGCAGGUUUCCCCGGAUUCAAUGCCUUAUUUUAAUCCAAAAUUAGAAUAACAAAAAAAAAAAAAAGAAAGAAAAGCAAAUCCGCGCUGCCGUGGUCGCGCGUAAAAUGUCCGGUUCGGAGUCUCUGCCUGCGGAGGAGAGGGAGUUUCAGAAGGUUGUGGCUCAGCUCGGAGGAAAGGAGAGGAUUUAUCUUGUCAGUGAUGUCUGUGGAAGGAAGGAGGUGGACGGAGAUGACGUCGGGAUGUUCCAGGAGUUCAUACGUGACAUGUUUCACAACAGGAGCCCUGAAAGCAGCGAAGGACAGUUGCCGGCCUGUGAGCCGACGGAUCAUCGCGGCGACACUGAAGGCGGGACAGAGACCGGAAAAAGCAACGAGAUACCUUUAACUGAGAAGAGCGAGACCUUGCAGGAGGACCGGGAGAAGGAGAAACCGCCGAGGAGCAACCCUCAGAGAACUGCGACCAGGAGGUUUAAUAUUUACAGCUCCAAGCGGGCUAUAGACUCCCCGGUCAUCGUCUUCAUCUUCAGACAGACCUUCAUCAGCAGGACUUCAAACGAGCUGUGUCUGCUGGAGAUCCUGAAGGACGUGAAGGCGCGCACGAAGCGUGGCCCGGUCAGCCGGCCUGCUCUGAUUGGACUGAUACACACCGCGCAGGAGAGCGCGGAGACGCAGCGCUGUGCGCAAGUCCUGGAGCUCUCGAUGCGCUCCGUGUUCCGCAAACACUCGCCAGACACGAUUUGGGUCGGCUGUUUUGUCCCGAAGACAGAAGACAGAAUCCUGGUUAUCAAGAAAAACACGUGCAAAGCUGUUUACGCAGCAACCCAAACAACAGAUAAUGCCGGGGAAAGAGGAAGCCAGCCUUUGUGGCCAAUCCAGUGUUGUUUCAGGCCUCAGAUGGGAGAAGUCACAAGGCAGACCAACAACAAAUCUUCAAACUGCAGACCAAAAGGUGAAGAUGGAAGCCCAGAGGAAGGACUACCUCUAAAAACUGGCGUCUUCUCUGCUGAACCUCUUGUGAAAGCUCCAGUGGAUCACUGAUGUUAAGACAUGUAGACCUAUCACUGUGGACAUCCACACUGUGGAAGUUUAACAAAAAAAAAACAUGAUGUCAUGUAAUGGCCUGGUUUUUUAUUAUAUGAUGCUGAAACUAUCACCACUGAGCCAACCAGACUUCUACUCUCAAAGAUGCUGCCUGACAACUUGUUCUUAAUAAAUAACCUCAAGAUGAUUUUCUGUACUGUAUAGUUUUACUGUAACACCACAUUAACAGGGUAUUUGAUGAGAUCAACUGAGGUGUGAUACAUAAAUAACCAUAUGUUGAAACAGAAUAGCUGCUUGUUGGUACAAUCAAGUCAGCUCUUAUUUUAACAGCCUUGAAGCAAAGUGAGCUUUCUUCUUGACGUCUUUUGUUUUUUACUCGAUACUUUAAUUUAAACACGUAAAUGAUUUAUUGCUCUAUAGUAUUUCAUUUUUUUAAGUUAAAUUUUUUUGCCUGACCCGGUGACCCAGAGGUGUCUGAGGUGACACAGUGACCCAGAAGAGCUCCAUCUGUUGCAAAGAAAAUAAAUGACCCAGACAUUUUAAAGAGCUCAUUUUUAAAUGCUGUGAAACAAUUUGAUUUUGUUUAUGUUUUUGUUUUUAUUUUAGUAGAACUUUGUGCCUUAGACAAUGCACUGUUUUAACUAUUGUUUAUCACAGGAACAAAAUGCAACUGUUUAAAGUUUAAGUAUUUAUUUAGAAUUUCAGUUUAACUGUCUUUAUGAAUAAACACACUUUAACAUGGA